CGGGGAGGGGUCGGCGCGGGGGGCGCGCAGGCGGGGCCGCGCCCGGCGGCGGGAGCGCGCUCGGCGGCGGGAGCUGCGGUCCCGCCGGGGCACGGCCGCGCCGGCCAUGGAGCCCUCGCCCAAAGACGGCGAGAGCGCGGCGGCCGCGGAGCCCGGCCGGGGCGGCACGGCCCCGUCCAGCGGGGUGGUGGUGCAGGUCCGCGAGAAGAAGGGCCCCCUGCGCGCCGCCAUCCCCUACAUGCCCUUCCCCGUGGCCGUCAUCUGCCUCUUCCUCAACACCUUCGUGCCGGGGCUGGGGACGUUCGUGUCGGCGUUCACCGUGCUCUGCGGGGCGCGCACCGACCUCCCCGACCGGCACAUGUGCUGCGUCUUCUGGCUGAACAUCGCCGCCGCCCUCAUCCAGAUCCUGACAGCCAUCGUCAUGGUGGGCUGGAUCAUGAGUAUAUUCUGGGGCAUGGACAUGGUCAUUCUUGCAAGCUACAAGGAACAGGGGAUCCCACAGCAGCUGUAGUGGCUGGGACAAGUAUUGUCAGAGAAACACGGCGAGAGAUUUCCUUGGGCAGCUGUGGGCCACGGACCUUUUCAUUACCCUUUGUCUCUCUUCUUCUCCCUUUUGUUUUGUCUGCCUGUGUCUGCCCGGUCCACGUGCCCGUCCAGCGGAGCGGAGAUGCAGAGCAGCUGGCGCAGACCUGCACUGAUCCCUGAGCAGCGGAGACGAGGCAAGCACGGCUUGGCUUGGGACUGGUCCCUGCCAGCACGUGGUGGGCGCCCGACGAGGAGGAUGAGGGUGUCAGGACAAGGAAACACCCUUGGCCAAGGUGGCACCUGGGCAGGCAGCUGAACCAAGGGAGGGGGAGAUGCUGCUUUCCCUCUGCUCCCAGGGGAGGUUGCUGAAGAUGUUUUGCCUCCUUUUUAUGCUCGCUGUUAAAGGACGCUGGCUGUGAACACCAAAUGCCAAGGAGCUAUUCAUAGAUAUGUGUACAGGAUGUAAAACCAAACCAGUGGUACUAUUUUCCCGCCCUGAGAUUCCAUCCGUGACUGCUUUGCAGUAGUGGAGGGCCCAACCCAGCCCCCUCUGCUGUCUGUGUAUAUCUGAUGUUCACAGAAGCUCUGUCCCCACCGAUGUCCUGAGAAACGUGCUUGCUGUAAAUCGUAUUGUUCUGCUGAAGUGACUGGGGCCAUCGUCUGCUUCCAUCCGCUGCCACCAUGCAAAGACCAGAGCUCCCACCAGCCCAGGGGACACUUUUCCUAGCACAGGACUGGUGUCCUGCAGCACCUCGCCUCUAGGGCAGCAAGUACAGCCUCGUGCUGCCAAAAGCCUCUCGUAUAAAACAAUACUGGGGGAGCCAAAGAACGAGACUUUCCCUCCCCCUGAAAGGGACUUGCUGGUAGUGUCUCCGUGCUUUGGAAAUGGAUCCCCUUAGAGCACGACGAGUGCUCCUGGCUGAAGCAGCAUCCCAGCUCUGCUUCCCCAGGGUAAAAUUAACCAGGCAGCACUUUCACACCUCUUUCCGAAGCAGCACUGAAGAAGGGGCAACACCUCCAAUCCCCCGGGGCUGGAUAAGCCCUGCCCUGGGAGCUGUGCUGUGACCGUCGCUGCGAACCGAACCGGCCCUGCCUCCUGACACAGCCCGAGGGCACAGCCCCGAGCCCUUCCUCUGCUCCAAGGUGCACGGCACCCGGCUAGCCCACCACCAUCACCUGCUUUAUAGAUGUAGAUGUUUGACAUGUAAGUUGUACAGCUAAAGAGUGACAGUGGGUAGCGAAGAAUAAAUGCAGCUGCUUCACCCCCAUCUGCCAGCAACACAGAAUUUUCUGCUGCUCCUCUCUGAUUGUGAAAACCAGGUUUCUCCAAAAAAAAAAAAAAAAACAAAAAACCACAACCAAAAAAUCCAAAGCCCAACUAAAACAAACAACCCCCCCCAAAAGGGCUUUAAUGCUUAGUUUCUUGGUAUUUGAACCCAGUCAGGCUGAACAACUGAUUUGCCACUCAUUGGAAAGCAAUUCCAGGUAGGAACCAACCCAGAUGUGUAGCCAGUCAAAAACCAGCUUCAUUCUGGGCCAGCCCAACCGUUGCAAGGCAGGGCAUGGUUCCAUUUUUCCAAGUUCAUUGGUGUUGCCAAAUCUGUAUUUACCAUGGAAAAGGUGCUUUGGCAGGUGCCCCCACCCUCCCAGCCUUUAGCCUGGUUGGCCGUACCGGCUGCAGGGGCUCACAUCGCUCUCAGCCGUGGCAGUCACAGCUCGGUGGGGCUUUGUGCUGGGAGCAGCUCUGGCACAGGCACCCAUGGGGUCAGGAGUGCUGGAUGUGGGAGCUGACUCCACUUGUGCCAUGCCCUGUGCUUCCCAAGACACAAAGCUGCACCUCCAAAGCUGUUCCUCCCUGGGUGCAUUGACUGUCACACAUUUUAUUAAAGACCUUCCAGUUCUGCUGGAAAUUGCCCCUCAAGUCUUGCUGUGAGUGUUGUGCUGAGCUCUGUGGACAGGAAGCUGAAGCUCACAGUCCCAGUAUUCUUCAGAGGGCCAUUUUAUAUUCCUUGGCUCCUGCUUAUUCUUGGAUGAUUCUGCAGUUCACACACAUGCAUACACUCCAGCCAGGGUGCAUUUUAUUGCUACCCAGCCCAACUGCAUCCACUGCAAGAUACCUCCAUCUAAACCCCAAGUAUAAGGAGACUCUGGCUAGAUCUGACAUUCCUCCUGGGAAAAAUGUCUUCUCCCUCACACUUGCUAACCAUGGUGUGGCAACACAGCCCUGUAUUUUCCAGCUGACUUUGCUUCAUGCUCACACACACAAUGCACUUUGAAGCAGUGCUGCAAUUCAUUUCCCAAACUGGCACUCAGCAUUCCCAUCCCCCUGUGGGAGCAGCGUGGUGCAAAAUUCCAGGUCACAGUGGCACCAUCUGAGCCAGGGUUAAUUACAGUGAGUCCCACCAGAGCUCAUGCUACCCACAACCCAUCCUUCCUCUUUUCAUGUGUAUAAAUAACUAAGCCAGGCUAAAAAUCAAGUCCUGCUUCUCUUGCACCCACACAUUGGCCAGAGGGAAGCACCACCGCCCUGUCCCCAGUGCUGGAAUGCCGCAAUGGGAAGUGAAGGCUUCAUUCAGGCUCUAAGAAUGGAAAAAGCCAGAGUAGCUCAAUCCAUCUUCCGGCUCCAAGAAUGCCUUCAACAGGCAGGUGAAAGGGAACGGCACAUUUUGGCUUGAGAUCAGGACAGGGGCUCACCUCUACCAGCAGUGCCUGGAGGGGAUGGCAGUGCUCCCCCAAACGCCCAGCAGGCGAUCCCACUCUGACCCACACCCCUCCUUCAACCACCACACACCGACAGGCACUGAGGCUGGGAGGAGGAUUGCUGGCUCAGGUCUGUGUUCUCCUUGGUUUUGGCCAUGCAUGGGUACAUCAGAUUUUCCACCCUAGGAAGGAGGGAGCAGGUGCCUGCCCACCUGUGCUGUUUGCACCUUGCUGGUGAGCCCACCUUUCAUUUUCAUACUGGAGCCCAAACUGAGGGGUUGCAGAGGACCAUUUGUAUGCCUAUUUAUAUCACCGAGUAUUGGAUUGUGACUUCUUGUGUUUUGAUACUGUGGAUAUUUUUUUUUAAAGUUAAAUAUAUUCUAUUGCUGGA